ACAAGUUCUAAAGUAACGUGGGACAGAGAUAUGACAUCACUGUCCCACGUUGUCUUUGAUUGAAGCGGACGACUUCCUGUCAGCAAACCUGCAGGACGGACGGAUGGACAGGCUGAAUGUGAUGUUGGGACUUCACGGGAAGUCUCAGGCACUGCGAACAAGUCAGCGUCCACUCCGGAGAACACGGUCAAGCGUCCACGUUGUUUUACGAGAGUGGCAUACCUGCCCAGGUAGUGGCUGCCAUCGACAUAAACACCACGGCCAAUCAAAUCUACAUGCACAAUUUCCCUGACACCGCCCUCUGGAACAAGACCAUCGAGGGCCUAACACUAGAUGACUUCAAUAAAUUAUCUUUUGACAUGAUUUUGAUGAGCCCUCCCUGCCAGCCUUUCACCAGGAUCGGACUUCAGGGUGACAUUGCUGACCCCAGAACCAAGAGCUUCCUCUACAUCCUUGAUCUUCUGCCAAGGCUGUGCAGGCGGCCCCGCUUCAUCCUGCUGGAGAAUGUGAAAGGCUUUGAGACCUCCUCUGCCAGGGAACGUUUGGUGAAGACACUGACGGAAUGUGAAUACACUUUCCAGGAGAUCAUGGUCUCACCCACAAGUGUCGGGAUCCCAAAUUCAAGACUGCGUUAUUUCCUGAUUGCUAAGAUUUCAACAGAAAACGAUAGCAUCCAGAGCUCAAAGAUUCUAGAUGCCUUCCGACAUCCUGGUGAAAGUGAUUCUCCUGAGCAGCCCACGGUCCUGAGUCCUCCUCACCCAGGUCCCUGCCAGCCUCAUGUCCUGUAUAAACUAGAGACAACAACGGAUGCCCAGAGGAAAAUGAGUCAGAACAACGAUCUGUCUGUCAGGCAGAUCCAAGACUUCCUGGAGCCACAGACUGAAGUAAACAUGGAGCACCAUCUCCUUCCUCCUAAAACACUGCUGCGAUACGCUAUGCUGUUGGACAUUGUUCGGCCCACGUGCAGGAGGUCUGUCUGCUUUACCAAAGGUUAUGGACGCUAUGUGGAGGGAACUGGUUCGGUACUGCAGUGCUGCAUGGAAACAGAGAUGGAGAGUGUGUUUCGAGGUCUGGACCAGUACUCUGAAGAUGAGAAACUCCAGCAACUGUCGAAACUGAAGCUCCGUUAUUUUACCCCCAGAGAAGUCGCCAACCUCAUGGGCUUCCCUCAAACUUUCUCCUUUCCGGAGCAAAUCACUACCAAGCAGCGGCACAGAGUUCUAGGAAACAGCCUCAAUGUUGUGGUGGUGGCCAGACUCCUACAGCUGCUAGUCUCCUAGCACCCUGGAACGCUCUGAAGGAGGAGACUAUCCUAUCGGUCAUUGUGGCUUUUAUCUCUCUCAGCCCAGUGAAUGUGCUUCAAAAUGAACUACUGUACAAAGUGUCUACUUUUUGUUGGGGAUGUUAACUGGCAAAAUGUCGGCCAAAUGCUGAACCACGGAACAGUGUAAGUUACACGUUUCUUACAUUUCACUUCACACCGUACACUCUCUUCCCUUUUGGCUGAACAUAAAUAUAGUUUUUUAUAAGCAUUAUUACAGAUUUUUUUAAUGAUCAAAAUAAAAACCUAAAACCUAA